AAUUAGUCUAUGCAUUAGAUUAUUAUUAUGAUAACUUUAAUGAAUGAAAUGUCAACACAUUGUCAAUUGCACCUGUGAGGUUUUUUUUCAUCCCGAAUCACUAUACCAAAGAGGUUUAAUUAAGUCAUUUGGUUUGUAAGGUUUGAGAAAUGGAGUCAAAUGAUUUAAAUUUAAUGCCAGAUCCAAUUAUUCUAAAAGAGGAAGACUUGGAUCUUUUACGUCAAGAAAGACAAGAAAGAGUGAAAUCUGCUAUGAAGGAAGCUAAUCCUCGAAUAAUGAAACAAAUAUUGCCAAAGGAGAAACCUUUGAAUGCAUAUGAUGAUGCCGCUGUCUGUAUACAGAAACAUUACCGUGGUUACAGAGGUCGUAAACAAUAUGAAGAAAAACUGUAUAAACUUUUUACAGAGGAAGAAAAUAAAAUAGCAGAAAAAAUGAAACAACAAGUGAAAGAAGGGGAAUUGCUUGUUGAUAGUCACAAGCUAGAAGUAUUGCUGGAUGAUGAUACAACUGCAAGAAAAAACAGAGAUCGACAAUAUUUAUCUAAAGUAAUCAUACUCCAACGAGCUUGGAAAUCACACUUAGCAAGAAAACAUUUAAACGAAGGUUACUUCGAGGAAACCAGUGAUACAGAGAGUGCAAAGGGAUUUGACGUAGCAAGUCUUUCUACACCUGAAGAAAAUCAGCAUGCAGACACACUUAAAUCAGAAAAAUUUCAUCCAUUCCGGGAUAAAAAAUCGCCAAUGAAACAGCUGUUAGACGCUGAAUCGGAAUCAAUUUCAUCCGAUUAUUCUGAAGUAAACGGAGCUCUUCAAGACAUUGUUGAUUGUGAACUAGACAUUAUCAAUAAGGAAGACCUCCAUAAUACAUCACUGGACAUAACAGCAAUUACUACACCAAACAAAUCCAAUUUUAUGCAGCGUCUGCCUGGUGAAACAGAUGAAAAUUUCUCUAAAAGAAUCAAGAAAAUAAACUAUUUGAAUCUUGCUCAAGAAUUUGCUGAAUUGAAAAAGAAAAAUGCAGAUGCUUCCCCUUAUGAAAUUCACAUGAAAACUACAGCAAGUCAGCAAAAUAGCACAGUGGGUAAAAAGGAUGCAGUUGAUGGCAACUUAGUGGAUCUGAAACCACCGAUAAUUAACAUUAAUGAAGAUACAUGUAGUAGUAAUAUGGGUCUCAAAAAGAAAUUGGAAAAAGAUAAAUUUGAAACAGAAAAUAAAAUGUCAGAAUCAGGUGAUUUUGAAGUGUAUAAUAUUGAGACUGCACUUCCACCAAUUGAUUGGGAAACAAUAGAACAACAGAUACAACUUGCAGCAAAUGCGGCAACUGAAAAAAAAAAUGAGACUCAUCAAAAUGAUCGCGAAACAAUACGACAGAAGCUUGCAAUGGGAACCGAUGAAGAGUACUAUUACAAUGAGAGAGCGUUUAAAAAACCAAAUUUUCAAACUCGAUUACAGAGUGGUAUGAAUCUACAAAUAUGUUUUAUGAAUGAAGCUAUGAAUGAAGCUGGUCAUCAAGAACAGACAGCAAAUAAAGAUAAUAUAAAAGACAAUAAUAAAACACAAAUACAAUCAAAAACACAACAAAUAGAGUCUAAGCCAGCUAAUAAAGAAAGAAUUCCAGUCAACAAACGCAAUAUUGAUGACAAAGAUACACCUACCUAUCAUCCUUCCAGAUUAAAAGAAGAAGCAAAAAUAGCUUUAGCCCAGGCUAGUACUAUGGCACAUAUGCAGUUAGAAGUUGAAAAACAAUUAAAGAAGAAAUCUCCAAUAGCUGAUAUGGUUGGAAUACCCAGUCUAGGAGAUGGGAGACGGAAGAAAUUCAACCGCAAACUUCUGGAGGAAAUGAAUCUAGCUCAGCUUCAAAUUCUAGUCAACGAUGUUCAUUCUCAAAUAGAAAAUUUAAAUGAAGAAUUAGUACAUUUAUUGAUAGAAAGAGAUGAUUUACAUAUGGAACAAGAUUCUAUGUUAGUUGAUGUAGAAGAUUUAACACGAUAUGUUUCACCAGCUAAAUGACCAUAACCAAAUUAUAUCUCCAUACUGAAAAUACAUAGAAAUCUUUAACAAGAAGCUGAGGUAGAGAAAUAGUAAUGAAAUUUGUGUAAUAAAAAACUAUGGGUGAAAUGUUUUAUAUUGGUUGUGAUAUUACUAAAGAAAGUUGACCAUAAUUGUACAUUUGCUAUCGUACAGAUAUAGAAUGGACUAGAAAUAUAAUGAAAGAAGCACAAACUGUGAUAUUGCUGCUAGUGGAUGGAAGACUUGAAUCAAAAUAUACAGUUCCCAGGCAAUAUCUUGAAAAAUGAUAAUAGAUAAUUCAAGUGAAUUCGUUCAGGUGAAGAGCCAAAUGAUCCAAUUCAAUUCAGCAGUUAAUUUAGAGCAAUUUGAAUUGAAAUCAAUUUGGCCAUUUAUCGAACUUUAUCGGAUGCCUGAAGUUGGAUUCUCAAAUCUGACCCAAUUAUUUAUUGAUCACAAACUUUAAAAUGGAUAAAUCAGUGUAAACACAGACAAUUGUCAUAUCCGGUUGAUAAAAAUAAUUGUUGUCUGAAUCAAUUUUCCUGGGAACUAAAUUGAUUUAAUUCAUAGCUUAUCUGAAUUAAUUCAAUAUUAUCUACAACUUUAUUAUUUAUUAAUGCAAGCUUAUCAGAAGGGACACAAAUAAAUACAAUGUGGUUUUUUUAUUUUAUGAAUAUGAAAGAUAUGGAACACCUUCACUUAGGCUUUUUUAUUUGAAUUUUGCUCAGGAAUUUAUUUUGUGAAAACUGCUUGUUUCAAGUCUCAGACUGAUUAUGUUAACCUAUCAAAUAUCUUUCAAUGAGAUUGAAGUUAGAUCUUGACCAACCAAUAUUUUGUUCCAAGGUGAAUGUCAGUACUAUUAGUCUACUCUACAGUAUAUAGAUAUAAACAACAUAAAACUGAAAAGACCCAAGUAGGCUAUGAUCUAAAUUUAAUUAGACUGAACAUCUUUAAAAUGCAUGUAUGUCACUCUCACUGUAAAUUUAUCUACCAGAUAUAUUUUCCUUUGUGUAAAAUGUUUUAACACUAUAAUACUUAAAAAUUUCAAAUCUCUAAUGUACGAAAAUUAUAAGAAGAGAACCAAGUAAACUUUAAAGGAGCUAAAUCGCAAAUAUUUUGGACCUAGAAAUUGACACAAAUGGGUCGCAACGCAUAUAAUAAUGUAAUCUGAAUGUAUAUAAACUGAUUUACAUUCAAUCGUUUCUGUUUUUACUAUAAUUUUUAAUCAGUUAUGUUUGGCGAAAUACACCAGAAGUCUCAAUCGAAUGGCAAUCUCUAGCGUCUGGUUAUUCCAGUCUACACUGAUAGUAUUUAUUGUGUACGCUCUCUAGAUAAGGAUAUGGGGUCACCGUUUGACAUGACUUGUGGAAUAUGUCUAACCUUGUUCUUGGAAUCCCUUGUUACAAAUGCCGCUGAAACACAUUAUUGUACAUGAUUCAUGUACCAAUAGUAAAAUCUUUAUUUUGUCUUAAAUAUUGGAUAUCAGAAGCCCAUCAUGUCCUGGUAAGAUCACAACAUCAAUGUUGAUUUAAAUUGAGAAAUAAUUUGUGUUUUCAAUGUCAAAGACUUUGGAUGAUAUUGAGUUAGAGACUUAGCUACUUUAAUUGAAAUGGUUAACAUUCAGGACAUCCAUCAGUUUUGUCAGCUUUGGAUUUAAUAUAACUCCAUUAAUACCAAACCACUAUAUUCAAAUCCGAGUCUGUAGUCACUUCUCUUUUUUCCCUCUACAAAUUGAAUUUUAUUCUCUAGGAGCCCAUAUAUAGUGCUAAUAUGGUUUAUAACAUCUACAUGUUAUUGUAAAUGCAUGUAGUUUUGUCUGUUCUUUGCAUUUAUAAAGAUACUGGUAUUUAAACACAAAUUUUAUUCGCAUUUCAGUUUGAAAAAUGUGUUGAAGAAGGUAGUGCAAUUGUGACCUUAUUUAUUUUUCAUAAGGGAUUUUUAAUACAUCUCAAAAGCUAUGCUAUUAGGAAGAAAAAAUAUUAAUUAAAUAUAUUUUAAGCUUUAAAUUAAAUAGUUUGCAAAAUAUGUUUGUGCUAUAUCUUAAUAUUUUACUAAUAUAAUAAGUCAUUCAUAAUUGACAAGCAUUAUAUUUAUUGACCAUAUUUAACAAAGUUAAAUUGUUAUGAAUUGCAAUUGUUUAAUUAAAUAUGUUUUUCUUACAUAUUAUUAAUUACGUAUUCUAGAAAACAAUGAAUUGUCUGUUGAUAAUGUUAUUGUUGAUAAUGUUAUUGUAAAUAUGAUUGUUUUUGUAUACUGACGUCCAGCUUUUCAUUUAUUCCAUAUCAUAUUAUUAGCAUUUCCUUAAAAAAAGAACUGUUUAACGUGUUUUUAUUCAUAAUUUUGUUCAAAUUCUUAAUAACAAAUUUACAAUUCCUAUAAAAUAUAAAUAUUUAGGUGACUCUUUAUUAUAUAAGAUAAAAAUGUAUAAUAGUAUUAAAUAUGUAUGAAACUAUAUAUUCAAAAUAUGAGACGAUUCUGUCAAUUUAUUGAUGACACAGAGAUGAUUUAUGUUUCAUGUAUAUUGUUUUUAAUGGUUUAAUGGAAAAUAUUUUACCCUAAGAAAGAAUUUUCGAUAAAUAUGAUGUUAUUAAUUACAUUUUAUUUUAUACCUCUUUAAGUUACUCAAUGGACAUGCUUGAUACUGUAUUUACUAACUUAUAUUUAAAAUUUUAGUGCUAGUUGCUAUAAAUAAAUGUAAAUGCAUCAGUAUAAUGUUUACAUGUAGACAUGAUAACAAAAUGUGGGAAAUGCUGCCUUGAUGUAUUUUAUAGGGAAAUGUUUGAUGUGUUGCCUUCCAAUGUAGGUAUGUGAAUAAUAAGACCUUAACUGGCUUCUUUUUGAUAUGCCAGCAUUGUACGUAAUGACUUCAUGCUAUAUAUAAAAUUCAACAGUAGGAUGGCUUUUCCCAAAAAAUUUUAAAAGUGAAAGCAUAUUUUUUCUAGUCAUUACAUAGGCUAUUUUGUUAUUAAUAAUGAUUAUACUGCAUUGAAAAUAGCAACUCACUUACAAGCGCAACUCACAGGAGUCUGUCUUCUCUGCUGAAUCUUGUGAAUAACAGUUGCAUAAAAGCCAAGUAGGGGUAUUGGAUAAAAUUGUGUUAAUGAUGCAUUUUGUAAGAGCAAAAUCUGCCUAUUACAGGUUUUUUUUACUUCAGAUGUUAUAUGAAUUAUUAUUUAGACAUUUAUUCACAUAACCAGCCUAUAAUCAACUCUCUAGGACAUCUGAUGGCACAGAUGUAAACAGAUUAAAAUACAAUCGCCAUUAACGAGUAAAGUUGCCGCGAUAAUAAACAAUCAAUGUCAAAACUUAAAACAGUGAUGACUUCGCUCAGAAUAAAGUAAUUUGAAUGAAAUUUUCAAUAUAAUCAUUUUUCAUUAUCUGUUUUUGAGCUAUUAUACUGAGAACGAUCUGCUCUAUGUCUAAAUCUUACAUAAUGCAUCUUUAAGUAUAAAAUAAAGUUUCAUUAUGAAAGUUGGUAGAGUUAUGUUUCAUUGUAUGAAAUAUUAAAUAUCAUCUAAAAUAUUUCUUUUGUGUUCUCUACAAAUAUUGCCUACGUCUCAAUUUAUUCUUUUAAUUUAUUUAUAAGACAUACAGGUGUAAUAUUUAUUAUAUAUCAUAAUAUGAGCUUUAUUUGUUUUUAACCAAGUGUUAUGCAUAACUGUAAUUAUCAAUAUGCAUCUUAUUUAAAUAAU